UUAGGUGGUCGAUUCAGUCGUUUGUCAAAUGUUGUAUGCGACGCACGAGAAGAUCUUCUCAAAGCCGUUGAUGCGCUAGAACCCGCAUUCUGAAGAGAGAAAAAAAAAACUCAUUGUGUGAGAAAAAAAAAAGUUCAGUCUCAAUGCCAACUAAGGUUUUGGCCAUUUUGUUUGUAAAUUUAAUCGAUUGUAAUUGUUGAAGCAAAAAUAUUUUAAUGGACUAUAUCAAUUGAAAACAAUAAAUAUAAAUUGAAAUGGCUACAAGUGUUGAAUUGGAUCCAGUAUUCCGACAAGCUUUGAAAUUUCUGCAUUCGCCCAAUUCGGAUGCGGCAGAGAAUAUACGUAAAGCGCUCGAUGACGUGAUAAAACAGAAGCAUGGGCCAAAUAAAAUGUUGAUUAAUACAUUGAGCAAGAAAUACAUUGCGGAGGAGAGUAAGGCAACAGGAAGUGGUGUUGUAAAAGCGCCUGUAAGACGCUCAUCAAAUCGUUCCAGUGAUUCGAGUAGUUCGAGCCCAGUGCAAAUCAUAGCUACAACGAGUACAACAUCAACAACCACCGUAAUAACGACCGAUUCAAGUGGCCAAACGCAGGAAAUUCCAGUGAUUAUUUCGUUGCCCGAUACAACCAACAGUGCAACCAUUGCUGACAUCGAUGAUAAUGCAAUGGAUACGAACAUACACAAUAGUUUAUUCGAUGAUUUGGCCUGUGUCAUUUGCCGUCGCAUCGAUUUGAGUGCAAAGAAUCGUUUGAUUGAGUGCAGCAAAUGCACAUCGUUGUAUCAUCAAGAAUGUCACAAUCCACAAAUAAAAGACUCCGAUUUGGUCAAUGGACAAGAGUCAUCGUGGCGCUGCAGCAAUUGCAAUGUGAAAAAGUUCAAAUCAUCACAUUCGACCGGUUCGCCGAGUAAAUCGAAUAAUUCAUCAUCACCAACGUCAUCAAGCUCCUCAAAUUCGGACGUCAUAAUUACGGGCAGUUCAAGUGCAAAUUUUGGCAGCCAUUCAUCGUCGAGUAGCUCAAAACGAGACAAAGAGCAUAGUUCGUCGUCGUCGAGCAAAUCGAAAAGAUCAUCGUCGCGACAUCAUUCGCAUCAUCAUUCAUCGUCACAUCAUUCGUCGAAACAUGAACGAUCCGGUGAGAAAAGUUCGGAGAAGAGUAGCGGCAGCAGCAGUGGUGGCGGCGGCAGCGGUGGCGGUGGCAGUAGUAGCAGCAAAAGCUCGGUCACUCCAAACAUUCAUAUCAUCAGCGCGGAUAAACGUUUACAAAACAUGAAAAAGAAAGCAGCCAAAUCUCAAGAAUCGAAGCGAAAAAAGUAACACGAUUUUUAAGCAUCGAUUGAACAAGAAAAUAGUUUUUAGAAUUCCUUUUUUUUUCCUUUGGUAAGCAUCCUAUAUUGAUCAUGCACGUACAAUUCUGAUCUUUACACAUACACUCUCAUCACCCCGUUUUUUUGUAUAUUUUAUUGCAUUGGAUUUUUAAUAAAGAGACAUUUCAUAAAUAAAUACAAA